AUGUCAGGUGUAUUUGGAGGUGUUUGUAACCCAGGCCACUACUGUGAGAGUGGGACCAGUGUGCCUGCAUCCUGCCCUGCUGGCACCCAUCACAAUAACACCGGAGGGAAGAAGAGCGAUGACUGCAAGCCAUGUCCUGAUGGACUUGGAGGGCCAGAGGAGUGUAAGCCCUGUCCCCCUGGCUCUCACUGCCUGACCACCAACACAACUGGCAGCACCAGUGGCCCCAUCACCCCUCUGCCCUGCCCAGCUGGCUAUGUCUGCCCCAGAGAGAGCUCCUUCAGCCAACCCUACCCCUGCCCCAAAGGCACCUACAGCCCUACUCUGGGACUCACAUCCCUUGGAGAGUGCUUGGUUUGUCCGGCGGGCCAGUUCUGUGGAUCAGAGGGUCUGGUUGAGCCCACUGGACCCUGUGCUCCUGGGUUCCUCUGUGUUACUAGGGCCACAGUGCCCAACCCCACCGACAACAGGACAGGGUCAGCCUGCCCCCUCGGAUCAUACUGCCAACUAGGUUUCAGAGCAGGUGCUUGUGCCCCUGGGUUCUUCUGUGACUGGGGCUCCAGUAGUACUGAGGAGGCCCUCUGUCCAGCAGGCUACUUCUGUCCAGGAGGAACUAGGACCCCCCUGGCCUGUCCUGCAGGGACACACAGCUCAGUGACAGGCAACAGCCACCAGAACAACUGUACAACAUGUCCUGAUGGCUACUACUGUCCGGGAGAAGGGGUGGUCUAUCCAGUGGCCUGUCCUCUUGGUCACUACUGCCCUCCUGGGAUGGCCGUGGGUGUGAAGUUCCCCUGUCCCCCUGGCACAGUGCAGAGCAAGCCUGGAGCCUCCAGCCUGGACCACUGUCUACCAUGCCCUGCAGGGAUGUUCUGUGCCCUCCCUGGGCUCUCCCAGACAACGGGGCCUUGCCAGGCAGGAUACCACUGUCCCCCAGGUGCCAUCACACCCAAUGCUACUGAAUAUGAGCAGAAUUCUACCAGUAAUAAUCUGUGCCCCCGUGGCCACUACUGUCCAGCUGGCACUGGCUACCCUCUUCCGUGCCCACCGGGCUCUCUCUCCAGCUCCCUGGGACUGAGGGGCUUAGAGGAGUGCCAGCCUUGCCCCCCUGGGCACUUCUGUGACAGGCCUGCGCUGACCGCGGAUGCCGCCCCGUGUAGCGCUGGGUAUGUGUGUCUAGGGGGUAGCUCCAGUGCCCACCCCUCUGAUGGUCUCCAUGGUUACCUGUGCCCCACAGGGCAUCGCUGUCCUGUUGGCACAGCUUCAGCGGUACCCUGUGAGCCUGGCACCUACAGUCCUGCCCCUGGUGCCGCCCACUGCCUCACCUGCCCUAAUGGCACCAUGUGUCCCUCCUCUGCCACCCAAGAGCCCUCUCUCUGCCCUGCUGGUCACUUCUGUCCUGCCCGGUGUGUGUUACCCCUGCCCUGUCCUGUUGGGACCCUCAGUGAACAGACAGGAGCCCCCUCGCCCUCUGCAUGCAGGCCCUGCCCCUCUGGGCUCUACUGCAGCUUGCCCGGCUCCUCACUACCACAAGGCCAGUGCCAGCAGGGCUACUUCUGCCAGCGUGGAGCACAUAGUCCAGCUCCCCAGAGCUCAGCCAUCUUUCCCAGGAACGGGCCCUGUCCUGUGGGCCACUAUUGCCUUUCUGGGACCCUCUCCCCACUGCCGUGUCCUGCAGGCAGCAUCCGAAACCACACCGGUGGGUUAUCCUUAGACAGCUGCUCCCCUUGUCCCCAUGGACACUACUGUUCCGUUGAGGGCCUGGCCUCCCCCAGUGGCCUGUGUGCUGCUGGCUUCUACUGCCCGUUUGACUUCUCCUCCACCACGCCCUAUGCUUUCCUCUGCCCUAAGGGUCACUACUGUCCAGAGGGCUCUCCCCUGGCCCUGCCCUGUCCUACAGGAGAGUACCAGCCCAACCCAGGCUCUGACUCCUGCAUCCCAUGCCGCCCAGGCUUCUACUGUGAGGAGGCCAUUGUUGGAGAGCCCUGGCCUUGCCCCCCUCACUCCUUCUGCCCUGCAGCCACCAUGGUUCCCCAGCCGUGCCCCAACGGUACGUUCACCCCUUCUGACCAGGGGGGGUUACAGGAAGAGCGGGAGUGUCUGCCCUGCCUCCCAGGGAGGUUCUGCAGGGCUGGUAAGAUCAAGGGCCAUUGUGCAGCAGGGUAUCUGUGUAUGUCUGGCAGCUCUGAGUUCACGCCACAGGGGCCUCACUCCAACUGGAGCCAGUGUGAAUGGGGGAUGCAGUGUGCCGGCCCCUGUCCAGCAGGAUUCUACUGCCCAGAAGGUUCAGAGAAGCCUGAAGUCUGCCCUGAUAACACUAUCAGAGUUUUACCUGGAGCAGCCAAUAUCCAUGAUUGUCUGUCUUGUCCACCACAGCACUGGUGCAAAAAAGGUGACCCUGUCCUGCACCUGUGUCCUGCUGGUCACUACUGUGAUGGGGUGGUUGGUAGUGACUACGAGGGAGGGACUGAACCCAGGGAAUGUCCGUUAUUUACCUACAGAUCCACACCCGGGGCAGCCAGCAAGGGGGACUGCCACCCCUGUCCCCCUGGAUUCUACUGUAACUCUACAGGUUUUACAGAUUACUCUGGCUACCCCUGUCCCCCGGGCUACUGGUGCAGUGGCACUGGUCUACCUAUACUAUGCCCUGCGGGUACCAUGAGGCCCCUUCCAGGGGCGGCAGCUGCCAGUCAGUGUGAGCCGUGUGCGGGGGGCACCUACUGCCCAGACCCCAUGUCCACAGGGCAGCCCAACAUUGCUGGAAUCUCCUGUAGAGCCUCGUUCCAGUGUCCCCCUGGUGCGGUCUCAGAGAGGCUGUGCAAGGCUGGCUCUUACUGUGGGCCCCAGACUGCAGAGCCUGAUAUCUGUCCUGAAGGCUACCUCUGUCCAGAGGGAUCUCACACCUACAACACACCAAACCAAGUUUGCGCGUUUCCCUACUACUGUCCUGCCAACAGCUCUGCCAUGCUGUCCUGUGAGGGGGGCUCCGUGCCCCUCAACACCAGUGGCCCCAGAGCCUCCCAGGACAGCAGCUGUGGGCUGUGUGAGGCAGGGACCUACCGACCUCGGCUGUCCCCCCAACCUCAGUGCCUCACCUGCCCACCCGGGUACCACUGCCCUCCAGGGACAGAGCACUACCACAGCAACCCCUGUCCCCUGGGCUACGUGUGUCCGCUGGGCUCAUCCAGUCCUGUCCCUUGCCCCACUGGUUCUUUUGGUAAUCUCUCCAAAGCUGAACAUGUGGAGGACUGCUACCCAUGUCCAACUGAUACCUUCAACCAUCUGGCUGCCCAGAGAGCCUGUUUCCCCUGCGGAAGUUCCUCUACUGCACCCCAAGGGGCCUCUUCCUGCACCUGCCUUGGGAAGAACCGUGCUUUCCAGCACUCAGACGGCUCCUGUCUGUGUCGAACCGGCUUUAUUUUCUACAACAAUCUGGAUUUCAAGAUCUCCAGCUCUGACAGUGAACUGGACUGCCAGCCUGAGGUGAACAAGCGCUGCAGUGCAGGACAGGUGCGCCUGGCUGCAUCCAGAGAGUGUGUCUCACCCUCUCACCACUCCUGUAACGUCACCUGUGGACCUCAGGGAGGGAGUCUGGAUGUGGAGAUGGGCAUCUGCCACUGUGAGCGCUACGUGUCAGCAGAGGAGCUGUGCAACACCUCGUGUCUGUCCAGACUGCCCCACAUCUCUGCCAGGCUCUCCCCAGAUGGACAGCUGCUGCUGGGGAUCAAAGAGCCAGAUGAAAGCCGAGUGUGGAGCAGAAAAAUGAUGGAUGUUUUGGGACCAGAUGUCCACGUGAAGAACAUUGGAAACAUCCACUUUGUUCAAUUUGAUUCUGAAGGUGUAUUUGGUUGGAUUCUGAUGGACCGAAAUGUUAUUGAAAUGACCCUGACAGCAGAGCCAAUCGAAUUUAUUGACAUGCGAUCAAGGAAGAGGAGGGAUCUAGAAUCCAAGGCAGAACUUCUACACUCCGAUGUCCUCCCUCGUAUCCCCAACCCCAUAGCAUGCCUCUCCUCCAAUGACAUGCUCAUCUUCCAGCUCACCAUCAACUACAAUGACCGUCACCUCAGCCACUUCCCAGUGUAUCAGAAAGACCAUCUCUUCAAUAGCAACCCUAGCUGGGACUUUGGGGCCUUCCGGCGGCUAGAGCGACUCAUGAAGCAGACUCAGUUCAACUCUACCAGAUUUGCACACGUGUUCUCGGAGACGGGGAAGUAUGUGUUCCUGGACAACGCCAUUCCAGAGUGGAGUCUAGUGGUGGUGGUCAGUGAGAGAGGGACAGAGUGUGACCCCACUGCAGCCGUUUUCCAGCCCAUGACCCCCGCCCAACUGGUCAAGCACGGGGUCAUCAAACAACACCGGCUCAACCUGCUGCCUGACUGGGGCGCCAUCGUAGGUGUCCUGAGUCUCCUGCUUGCGCUGAUCCUGGUGCUCACCACCACAGCUCUGGUUCUAAAGUCCAGUCGGGCCAAGCUGGUGUGCCAGGGCAAACUGAGGCCUAAGUGGCGGAGCCUGGGAGAGCCCAUCCCUCCAGUGGAAUACGUCUACAGUGGAGAAAGCCUGAAUGGCCAGGGGGUGCUGGGCUGCAGGGGAGUCGGAGAGGGGGCUGAGGCUGAGGCUGAGGAGCCUGCAGUCUGCCGUGGAGGAGGAGGAUACAUGACUGGGAAGUUUGAUCUGGAGCAAUUCAACGUGAAAACUCUCUACGACAAGCUGGAGGAUCAGAACCUGCAUUUGGCGUCCCAGCUGGCCAGGCACCGCAAGGACACCCAGGAGUUCUACCGGAAUAUCUGUCAACAAACAGAUGCCCUGAGGGAUGUUCUGGAGAACAUGGAACCCAAAAAGUUGAGUCUGUUGAAAGAGCUAUUGGAACGCGAUGCCUUGCAGAAUGAAUCAUACACCAACACGGAUGCAGACGGGGAUGGACAUAUCCAAUCGACAAAAGAUCCGUCAGUGGUGCUGAUGGGAGCUGUAGUCAGAGCUUUGGAGGCAGUCCUGUACAGACUUAGUGGAGAGAGCUGGCAGCAGCAUGACAUGACCGCAGCACACUGCCACACAGACACCAGGGAGUGUGAACUGCACACAGGCUACACACAGUUUUCCUCAGCCAACAUGACCAAACCUGCAUCAGGCCAUGAGACAGGACCACCACCUCAUGAUCUAGUACACCUACAGAGCACAGCCCCCUGUCUGAGUGAGCAGGACCUGUCCAAACUAGUGGCCAUGACUCCUCUGUCCAGGACCCUGCAGGAGAUACAGGAGUCCCUCCAGAACCUAUCUGGUGUAGACAGAGCCAGGACUGACAAAACCACAGAGGACCCAGCAGUGCACCUGAUUCCCGUUGCCCUGGACAACCUCUCCCCACAGCACUUUGCCAUCUUCCUGUUCGGCUGUCAUGUUGUGAAACUGCUUUGCAACACCCAAAUCUUCCCCCCUGUCUUGCUGCUUCUGUCCAAAACGGUUCCUGUCUCAGCUUACGAGGGCCUGGUGUCACACUGCAGUGGGGACUUUUAUUUUGACACAACCAACCAGAUUCUGUAUCUCCGUGAGGCAAAGCUUGAGAGUGUGGGACAGUUUAUUGCCACUCUCCUACAGUCGAUGGCCUAUAUUGCUUCAGGUUCCAAGCCUGAAAGCUUCAUGCAAGUCCUCCAUCACGCCAUCUCUGCUUUGAGCAUUCAGUUGUUCAACGCCUCUUUCAGAUAUGAUGCAAACAAGGCAAAGAGGGACACCUCACUGACCUCAGGCCAGUCUCCUGGGAAGUUAGUAGAGGACUUUCUCAAUGUCCGUGUCCCCACUGAUAGCCAGUUCACAGAGCACCUCUUGUCAGACAGACUCCAACGAUAUAAGUAUUUCAAUGUGGAGAAAAUCAUACGGGAUCUUAAACAGUUUCCAGCAGAGGACACUGAAAAGGGACCUCCACAACAAUGUUUAAGAACACCCGUCCAAGCUCACUGUUUGGAGAAGGAGAUGGACCAUCUGAAUGAGGUUUUCCUGCAGCUCAGCGUUCAACUCCAGAAGAGAACCCAGGGCGCAACAACCGAGAAGGCCCUGAGUCGUAAUGGAACAAUGAUGUUAGAGCUGAAGAGACGGUAUGUAUCCCAGAGGCUCGACGAGCUGCAAAUCAUAUUAAAUGGGAUGAGCCGGCGCCAGCUAGACGGCCACAGUCCAGAGGAAGAGGAGCAGACCCGAGAUCACCCACACCCAGAGCCAGACAACUAUAGAUCAGACGGUCAGGAGGAACACGAUCAUUCUCCAGACCAGCAGGACCUAGACAGCAGGGUACCAAAGAACCAUAAACUAGAAAAUAACAAUCAGGAAGUAGAAAGCCAGGGACCAAGCAGUCAGAUGACAAGCAUGGGUAAAACAGGCUUCGGAGAACUAGAUGUAUGGGAAUAAGCCAGUUAGAAGCAUGUGAAAAUGGGAUACUACUGAAGUGUGUGGUUUUGGUGUGAUCUGUCUCAUGAUUUUGUAGAUUACGUGUACAGUUUAGUGUAUAGUGUGAAUAACAGACGUAUAAUAGGUUCAUCACAUGUGAUUUAAUCAAACGGAUCAUUUUCCUUGGAGUGAUAUUUAUUAAAGAUAUGAAUUAUG